GUCUGUGAUGGCAGUGAACCCUCAACUGUAAGAACAAGUGAAAACAUAAAUGAAACACAUGAUGGAACAAAAGGUUCAAAGUUAAGUCUUGCAGCAAAUGAGCAGAAGAGUCCACUUGAAGACAUGCCAUCUUCAGACACCGACAUCAAUUUGGAGAUCUCAUUUGCAGAACAGGCAGCUAAUCUCAAAGACAGCUCAGUAGGCAAAAUGUGCAAGGGUGGAGGAGGUGACACCCUUCUCCUGAAUUUCAGACUGCCGAAGGACAAAACAGGUACCACAAAGAUUGGUGACCUGGCCUCUCAGGACAUGAAGAAAGUCUAUUCUUUAGCACUGAUUGAAUUAACUGCUCUCUAUGAAAUACUUGGGACAGAGUUCAAGCAGCAAAAAGCUGUAAAAAUCAAAACCAAAGACUCUGGCUUGUUUGGUGUCCCACUGUCUAUUUUACUGGAACAGGAUCAGAAGAAGGUUCCAGGAACCAAGAUCCCACUGAUUUUUCAAAAGCUGAUUGCCCAGAUAGAAGAGACAACUCUGGAAACAGAAGGACUUCUUAGAAUACCAGGAGUUGCAACAAGAGUAAAGAGUCUUUGCCAAGAACUGGAAGCAAAAUUUUAUGAAGGGACUUUCAACUGGGAAAACGUAAAGCAACAUGAUGCAGCAAGUCUUUUAAAACUCUUCAUUCGUGAACUGCCUCAGCCACUUCUGACUGUAGAAUAUCUCAAAGCUUUCCAAGAUGUACAGAAUCUUCCAACGAGGAAACAGCAACUGCAAGCUUUGAAUCUUUUGGUUCUUCUUCUACCUGAAGCAAACAGAGACACUCUGAAGGUGCUGCUUGAAUUCCUCCAAAGGGUAAUUGAUCAUCAAGACAAAAAUAGAAUGACGUUAAAGAAUGUUGCAAUGGUGAUGGCCCCAAACCUUUUCACGUUUCAUGGGUUUGGCUCAAAGACUAUUGAACAAAGCGAGUUUGUUAUGGCAGCUGGAACAGCAAAUGUCAUGCGCUUUAUGAUUCAGUACCAAAAACUUCUCUGGACAAUUCCUAAGUUUAUUGUUAACCAAGUGAGAAAACAAAAUGCUGAAAGGCAGAGGAAGGAGAAAAAGGACAAAGCUAUGAAGAAACUUCUGAAAAAGAUGGCAUACGACCGGGAAAAGCAUGAGAAACAGGAUAAGACUCCUAAUGAUACUGAUGUUCCUCAGGGAGUGAUACGGGUGCAAGCGCCUCAUCUUUCGAAAGUUUCCAUGGCAAUACAGCUGACAGAAGAACUGAAAGCCGGUGAUAUAGUAGCCAGGUUUCUCAGCCAGAAAAGUGGAAACGUCCAAACACUCAAGAAAGAAGAGGUCUUUCUUUAUGAAAUAGGAGGAAAUAUUGGAGAACGCUGCCUUGAUGAUGAUACCUACAUGAAGGACCUAUACCAGCUCAAUCCAAAUGCUGAAUGGGUUAUAAAACCCAAGCAGAGCUAA